UCUCCUCCCUUCAUUCUUCGCUCCUGUCUUUGGGUCUGGAUCCGGCUCAGUUCCAGCCCUCCAUCCCGUCUGCGCUUGGAUUGAGCAUUGCAUUGCAUUGGAACGGGGAACACUUGCCGCCCUCUGAGUUCCGUCGUGGACUUUGUGAUCUGGCUCGGCUUGGCCCACUGACCGGAACGCGCCGUGAAACGCGCCGUGAAACUCGCCGUGAUCGCGAUUGGGAAGGCACUGCUAGCCCGUGGUGACUAUGGCUUGCGUUACGCUCAAGCGACCUUUGGAACACGCCCACCCUUCGUACACGCCGCCUUCUAGUGAGGGCUUCUCGCAUCAUCAUCCGCACCACCGGCCGCCCCCGGCCAAACGGCGGAGAUGUGUCCCGCUCAAUCAGUCGAGAGAACAUAGUCGAGAUUUGUAUGAAGCCUCAACCUCGACCGUGGGCUCGGCCGCCUUAGGCUUGGUGUCGCGUCCGGGUGCGAUAGGGCGGAGCUCGGGCGGUCCCUCGCCCUUUCGGGCCUCGCCGCUCACGCCCGAACAGAUUGCCAACAAUUUGCGCGACGAACUCAAACGUCUCCGGAAACGCCGUCAAAUCGUGCCCCAACCCAAGGGCUGUAGUCUGGCCGCCCAUUCUCCGCCCAGCUCACCCGAGCCCAUGGACGAUCUCACGGCCAUGCGCACGGCCUCACAAGCCCUGGCUUCGGCCGGGACCUCGGGCGUGGAACCCGCUCCUCCGUCCACGGCCGGGAAAAUCUUGGACAAACCCAUCUUCACUCUGAAGCAAAUGACCCUCAUCUGUGAACGCAUGUGCCAGGAACGCACCGACCAAGUGAGGAAUGAGUACGAUCGCAUCCUCCAUCAGAAACUGGGCGAGCAAUACGACGCCUUUGUCAAAUUCAUUGAUCACCAGAUUCAGCAACGAUUCAACGAGGCCCAACUUCCCAGUUACUUGUCUUGAAGGUCCGAAUGUUUGCGUGUCGUCGAGCUCCUCCAUGUGGUUGGUUAUCCGUGUCGCCAAUGUAUCAGCAUCAUAAUGUUACGCCGUGACCACUCACAACCCUAACGCGAGAUGGCUGCCAAGCCAGCUCCGAGGGGGGUCUCACUCGUAUCCUGUUUCUCCCAUGCCAGUUGGGUGGUUCAUCAUCCCAUCCGCAUGGCUACCCUCCCUCCAACCAUGAUAUCGAGAUCAAAAAUGCUUCCGACUCGUGCCCGACAAGGACGCCGAAGAAAGCAACAGACACCUUCCUCCGUUUGCUGUGUUGAUUUCUACCACUAUCAUUACUACUACUAUCCCAUCAUUUCUAGCCAAUUCCGAUAACAGCUAACUACUAUUUCAAAUACUAACCCUACCACUCGCCGCCGAAGUAGUAGAUUUACCCACUUUAUCGUCCUUCCCCGCCCCACAUAGUUACAAAUGAUGAUCCAAGAUUCAUGCAGAUUUUCGGCGACGCCGCACAAAUCCCUUUUAUGUUGGGAUGAGCAGAGCAAUGUUUCCUGUUGAGCCGAAAAUCGAAAAUCCCGGCUGUUGUUCUUCGCCAUUGCCGAGGGUUCAGACUAUGCGACUCGAAAACAUGGAGGGACACUGUACAUUGCUCUUGAGCCACGCCCCUGAACAACCACAUGGGCCUCGCUUUAUUCCCGUUGCCCUACCCGUUAUGUAAAGUAAACCCAAAAUUAAGUCAUCUCUCUCUCUCUCUCCCUCUCCUUGUGUUUUCCCUUGUAAGAACCCAUCUCCUUUUCUCUUGAUCUUAACCAUCAUCCGUCAGUUUGACCAUAAUUUUGGAUCACGUGGAUCUCACUUCCCCAAAGAGAUCUUCGCGGGAAUGGAAAGGACAUGAACGAACGGAAGUUGCUUCUCAAAUCAUUGAUACACGUGAGAAACGGAUUUGGAAGAAUGCAACGAAUCAGUGUCUUUGAUGCGCAGCUUCCGCAACACAGUGCGGGUUGUUAUUGUGGACGACAGAAAUGUUAGUAAUAUCCGACACGUCAAAGUUUGUCAUUUUGUAAUUUUCCUAAAAUAAAACACGGCUUUUAAUCGCU